AUGGACGCCGACCGCGAUCCGCUCGCGGAGAGCCCGCUGAGCGGCUCCGGUUCCCCCAGCCUCGAGCCCACCUCCCCCGUCGCUGCGAAUCACCAUGCCUCGACUCCUUCCCUCCUUCCCUCCCGCAAUCCAGCUGCCGGACUUACAGCGUCGUCCACGCACUUGGGCCAGAUCAAGGCGGCGCGGGGCGGCGCGGGGACCCCGCCACGCCCGCAAGCGUCCAUGAGUGCCCAAGGCGCUGGAGGAUUGAAUCAGGACAUCAUGGCCAAGAUGAAGGCCUUCUCCCUCUCUCGUCAGGGUGUUCCACUCGCACAUGCUGCUUCUACAGGCACGAUACCAACCUCGCAUGAAGCUGGUGCUGGCGGGGCGCUCGCCGGCCGGCUGCCGCCCGCCGCUCGGCCUAACACCAAGAAUUGGGCCUCGUCCCCCGCGAUCACGGGGUCGGUGUCUAGUCCCGCAUCUCCUCGCCCGGUUGGAUUAGCAGCGAAGCGCAUGAAACCUGGUCUUAAGCUGUCCGACGUCACGGGUCCGCCAACGCCCCUGCCGAACGGAUCGGAGCAGAAGAAGGAGGGAGAGCAAAAUGGCGAAUCUGCGUUCAGCAAGUAUUCCGAGUUCAUCGACACAAAAGCCGGGACAUUGAAUUUCAAGAACAAGGCAAUUUUGCAUGGCGGUGGCGUUGAGUUUUCUUCGGGACACAGUUUCAAGAUCUCGUUGGACGAGGUUGAUCGGUUAGACGAGCUGGGUAAGGGCAACUAUGGUACCGUCUACAAAGUACGACACAGUCGUCCACACCUACGAAAACCAGGCUUGGGCCUGAGUGGGAUUGUCAGUCGCCCAGUUGAACAGGACGAGACCAGUUCAGCGAUUGGACCCAACGAUAAUCUCUCUGGCGUGAUCAUGGCCAUGAAAGAAAUCCGGCUGGAGCUGGACGAGGCCAAAUUUGCACAGAUCAUCAUGGAGCUUGAUAUUCUGCACCGCUGUGUUUCGCCCUUCAUCAUCGAUUUCUACGGCGCAUUCUUCCAAGAAGGUGCAGUCUAUAUGUGUGUGGAGUAUAUGGAUGGUGGCUCCAUUGACAAGAUCUACGAGGGUGGCGUACCUGAGAACAUUUUGCGCAAGGUCACACUCUCCACUGUCAUGGGAUUGAAGGCGCUCAAGGACGAGCACAACAUCAUUCACCGCGACGUCAAGCCGACCAACAUCUUGGUCAACAGCAAGGGCCAGGUCAAGAUUUGUGAUUUCGGUGUCAGUGGCAACUUGGUCGCUAGUAUUGCCAAGACCAACAUCGGGUGCCAGAGUUACAUGGCUCCCGAACGAAUUGCGGGGGUGGCAUGCAGCAGUCGGGCGCCCCGAGUGCUGGGACAUAUAGCGUGCAAAGCGACAUUUGGAGUUUGGGUUUGUCAAUCAUCGAAUGCGCGAUGGGACGGUACCCGUACCCACCAGAGACUUUCACCAAUAUUUUCAGCAAUCGUCCACGGCGAACCCCCCACUCUUCCCGACGAGGGAUUCUCCGAAGAAGCGCAUGCAUUCGUCCGCGCUUGUCUCGAUAAGAACCCCAAGAACCGCCCAACCUACAAUAUGCUCCUCCGCCACCCCUGGUUAACACCUCUGAUGCGCCCACCAACCGAGGCUGACGCCGAAUCUGCCUCCCAACCUUCCGAAGCAUCCGCACCUCCUGAAACCCCCUCCUUCUUGACAGAAGACAAAGAAGUUGCGGAAUGGGUACAGAAGCAACUCGAGCGCCGUAAAGACGGCCACUUACACGACGCCAAGAAGCCAGCCCUGCAUGCCGUGGCUCUCGAUAAGGUCGCCACGAGCCCCAUUCACGACGAAGAGACGCCUAUCCCACCGCAGGCAGACUGA